CAUUCGAAACCGACCUCACAGGUCGAAGCCACCGAACUCCUUUCCUUCUGCCGUCCACUGAGUUUCGGUCGUGCGUAUCUCUGGUGUUUCGAACCUCUGCCGCCGUUGUCGAGUCCACCAGCCGCCGCCGUUCCUCCGGAAGUCGAGACUUAGUCUUCAUCAAGCCGUCAAAGUUCUUCUUCAUCCUCCCUCUGCUGUCGCUCCUUCUUCCACCGUCAAAGAUCUUCCUCGCGCCGUCCGAAGUUCAGAUCUGUGUGCACACCCGCACCCAUUCGACCAGUCUGCCUCUCUAUUAGUGGUUUUGAUCUUUGGGAGGAGUAAGAGCAGUUAUUUUCAGGGUCGAAAGUGGACAGCCGAAUUUCGGAAGCAUCUCGAAGAGUUGUGCAAGAAGAAGAAUGACUGAUUUUGCAGAAAGCACCACUGCAGAACAAAUUGAUGGAUAUUAGUUAGUCUUCUCUCCAAUAUCAGUUGGGAAGGUAUUUCUCUGAGUUUCUUAAGUGGGGCUCUUGGGAAGUACAAUAUGCAGGUAAAGAUAAACGAAAAGUUGUCUGAGAUGAUUUUCACAUGUAAAUCUUAGAGAUGCUAAUAUUUCAUGGAAAAGAGUAGGAUAAUGGAAAAGAAUAAAAGGCUGGGUUACAUGUUACCUGUUUGAACUGAUGAUAUAUGUUUUUGCAAUUUUAGCUGAGAAUGCAUUCUCUGACGAAGCAUUACCCUUAUUCAAAUGCAUUUUUAAAUGCAUUAAUUUUAAUCGAUUAAUUUUCAUGAAGUAUUUAGCCAGAGGGGCACUUUGGAAUGCUUCAGUAUUUGCACCUAAAGGAAAAGUUUAUUGUGAAGAAGUGAAAAGAGAAUAUAUUAGUCAUUAGGAAGGUAUUAUUUUUCAUGUAAUCUGUUGUACACUUGGACAUCAAUUAAACGCUAAAUUUACUGCUCCUGCUUAUUCAUAUUAUAUAGGGAAUGGCUUCAAGGGCAUUAGAUUGUGUCUGUUUUGUUACUAUAUACUACUUCCUUCUGCUUUUAAUUUCAGUGCAUCUUAUGGGACAAUGAUGUAAAAAGCACCAAGCAUACAUUAAAGGAAAUAAUAAUUCAUUAUUCUUGCCUAGAACUCCCAGAGGGGAAGGCUGUGAUCAAAUCAGAGUCCCUGGCAGAUCUAGCGGAAUCAAAGUCCAUCUCUCUCUAAAGGUAAUACUUCUGAUGAUGUGGAUGAAGGUUAGAAUUUGAUAACUUUGUUCUUUUUCCUCUUUCUCCUAAUUCAUUGUUAAAAUAGUUCCACAAUUUUUCUUCUAAUGCUUGGUGGAGCCAAUAACUGUCUGACUGUCUAUUAUUAUUGUUGUGCCUUAUGCCUGUAUGGACGUUGGGUUAUAAUGUAUGUUUCUUUCUCUAUAUAUACAAUGCUUAUGAUUGAGGAAACCUAUGCUGAGAAAACAAUGACACCUGCUACUUUAGUGAGAUUAUGAUGGACUCUUUAUUUUUUAUAACUGAAAAAAGACAUGGAGGAGAGAGAGAAACAAAGGCAGAGUAGAAAAUGGACGCUGGAACUUUAGUAAUAGCAUAUCUCUAAUUUAUAAAAAACUUUGUCUUCGUUCUUUUUCGGACUAACCACAGAAACUCAGACACCAAAAAUAGACAAUCCAUAUCUAUUUAUAUUUGGAGCUUUGUAUUCUGGUUUUUAUCUCUAUUUGGAGUUUGGUUUUCUUUUUUUGUCAAGUUAGUUUAUCUAUUAUAAUCAUUUUCAUUCAGAUGCGUAUAUCAUUUGAUGUAGUCUAUGUUAUUACGUGAUUAAUUUUGUUUCUGAUUCUUCAAUAUCCCUGGUAUUCAUCCCCGUGUUGUCUCUGCUUCCUAUUCCAGGUUUAUGCUCUUUUAUCUCCAACAUUUAACCCUCGACAAUAACUUAUUAAGAUAUGCCCUUCUCAUCAAAUUUUCAAUUGCUAUUAUGUUUAAGCCGACUCAAAAACUGUAAAUUCUUAACCCAAAGGGGUGUGGCUUCUGUAGCUGAUACGCUUUAUAGUCAUUUGCAUAAAAGCAGCGGCAGUAUAGAGAAGUCAUUAUCUAUGGAAAAUGCUAAACUAGAUGCUCAUUGUGUUACCCAAGUCUUAGAUAAAUGCUUUCCUACACAGCCUCAUUUGGGUAUUAGAUUCUUCAUUUGGGCUGGAUUGCAGUCUAGCUACAAGCAUAGUGCUUACAUGUACAAGAAGGCGUCAGUUGCCGUUAAUGAAAAUCCACAGGUCAUAUUGGAUUUGAUACGUUCCUAUGAAUCCGAGGGAUAUUUAGUUACUGCUAAGACAUUUAAGGAACUUCUGAGACUUUGUAAAGAAGUUCAACAUGCUGAUAUGGCUAAUGUAUCAUUAUGGCUGUUAAGGAAAAUGGAAGAGUUGAAUUUGCAUGCUGACACUCCCAUGUUCAAUAUCGUUAUAAGUUUCUGUUGCAAGACGGGUGACAUGAAGAUGGCAGAAAACUUGAUUAGAGAGAUGAGUUGCAAGGAUCUCUAUCCUGAUAUGAUUACAUAUAUGACAAUGAUUGAAGGGUUCUGUAAUGCAGGUCAGUUGGAGAAUGCAUAUUCUAUGCUCAAGGAUAUGAAGUCACAUGGAUGUUCAACCAAUUCUGUGGUUUACACAGCCCUUCUAAACGGGUUUUGUAGGUUUGGAUCCAUGGAAAGGGCAAUGGAACUGUGGAAGGAAAUGAAGAAAGAAGGCGGGGAUUGUAAUCCAAAUGUUGUUACUUAUACAUGUCUGAUUCAGAGUUUCUGUAAGAAGGGCAAGUGGAAAGAAGCAUUGCAGAUUUUAGAUAGAAUGAGAGAUUUGGGGUGUUCUGCGAACUAUGUGACAGUUAGUACACUAAUUGACAGCCUUUGCAAUGAGGGUAAUGUUGAAGAGGCAUACAGGUUAUGUGACAAAGUUAGAGAGCAUGGAAUAUCACAUGAAGAUUGCUACAAUUCACUUGUGAUAGCUUUGAUGAGAACAGAAAAUUUUGAAGAAGCAGAGAGACUCUUCAGGGUAAUGCUUGCUAGUUCACUCAAACCUGAUAGCUUAGCUUGUAGCCUUCUGUUAAAGGAGCUCUGUUUGAUGGGUCGUGUGCAGGAUAGCUUCUUCUUGCUUGAAGAGAUCGAUAAUUCAGGAUGUAUCAUAACCAUCGACUCUGAUAUUUAUUGUAUUCUUUUAUUGGGUCUCUGCGAGCAAAGCCACUUGAUAGAGGCCAAAAAGCUUGCAGAAAUCAUGCUUCAGAAAUCUGUUGUGCUAAGAGCCCCCUACAAUGAAGGAGUAAUUGAAAUUCUGAGAAAUUCUGGUGAAGCGGACCUUGUUGAGAGACUAACUGAAACACAAAAGGGGUAAUUCCUUGUUUGAGAUUUUUCUUUUCUCCUGUUUUUAUGAUGCCCCCUAGAUGGGCUUUAAGUUAUUAUAUUUUACUCUCUUAGGACAUCUUUUAAAAGGAUCAUUUGGUUCUUAAUAAUAUAAAGCAUUUGUUAUGUACUAAA